AUGAUAUUCACAUCAAAACAGCAUUUGUUUCAACACUUGGAUCAACACAUGAAUGAUCUCGACUUCGGAUCAGAUGUCAAACAAGAACCCGAAGAUUACUGUGUGGAACCGAUGGAUACAGAAAUGCAAACACAAGUGAACACCACUUCAAAGCCAUCGACAUCUCAAUCAUCACAAGAGAUGGCAAACAAUGACAUGAAUGAUGAAAGUAGUGAAGACUCGAUGGAAAUGACAUCAAUUGAAUCGAUGUCUCAAUUAUUGGCUAUAAAUCAGUCCGAAAGAAAGAAAUGCUUUGAUUUGAAUACAAAUGCAUUCAUUUGUCCCAUAAAUGAGUGUCACAAGAGUUUCCAAACUGACCGCAACUUUGCGAUGCAUUUAUAUAGAAAUCACGCCUCAAGACAAUACACGUGCACUCAUGAGGGCUGUGGUAAAGCCUAUAAAACAAAGGAUGGUUUAGAAAAACAUCUAUUGGUUCACAAAAAUAUCAAAUCAUUUCAUUGUCCACACAAUGGCUGUCAAUAUAACGGCAUUAGUGAUUACAAUUUGAAACUACAUCUGAAGAGACACUCAACGGAUAAUGUCUUGAGAUGUGAUAUGACAUUCUUGUCGAAGAAUGAGUUGAAUGUCCACCGCUUGACACACGGGUCCGGACCGGCCAUUAAGUGUGAGACCAAAGGCUGUAAUGAAAUGUUUUAUACGUUUUCCCAACGCCUGAGACAUCGGGUGUCGGUUCACAACCGACGGACGUAUAGCUAUCGCAGAGAAAAACAAUGGUUUGAAUGGAAGGGGAAAACAAAGACACAAGAAGUGAUCCAAACAAUGGGUGACAAUAAUGAAGGAGUAAAUGAAGACAUGUUUGACAACAACAGCAAACGCGUGGAAACCAGACUUAUUGCCGCCAAACCCCAGAGCCUGGCGUUGAAGUGUGGGAUGACAUUCAUGUCGAAGAAUGAGUUGAAUGUCCACCGCUUGACACACGGGUCCGGACCGGCCAUUAAGUGUGAGACCAAAGGCUGUAAUGAUAUGUUUCAUACGUUUUCCCAACGCCUGAGACAUCGGGUGUCGGUUCACAACCGACGGACGCAUAGCUAUCGCAGAGGAAAACAAUGGUUUGAAUGGAAGGGGAAAACAGAGACACAAAAAGUGAUGCAAUCAAUGGAUGACAACAAUGAAGGAGUAAAUGAAGACAUGUUUGACAACAACAGCAGUAAACCCGUGGAAACCAGACUUAUUGCCGCCAAACCCCAGAGCCUGGCGUUGAAGUGUGGGGUCACUGACUGUCAGAUGAUAUUUGAAUCAAAAGAGGAUUUGUAUAAACAUUUAGAUAAACACAUGAAUGAUCUCGACUUGGGAUCAGAUGUCAAACAAGAACCCGAAGAUAAUUGUGUGGAACAGAUGGAUACAGAAAUGCAGACACAAGUGAACAGCACUUCAAAGCCAUCGACUUCUCAAUCAUCACAAGAGAUGGUCAACAAAGACAUGAGUGGAAAGACACCACUAAAUAGAGCCCUAAGAUUUGAAUGCUUUGAUAUGACUCUCAAAGCAUACAUUUGUCCCAUAAAUGAGUGCCACAAGAGUUUCAAAAACGACAGUAGCUUUGCGGGCCAUUUGCGGACAACUCAUACAACAAAACAGCACACGUGUACUUACGAGGGCUGUGGUAAAGCAUUUCACACAACGCGUGAUUUACAUAGACAUGAAUUGGUUCACACAAAUGUCAAAUUAUUUCAUUGUUCACACAAUGGCUGCAAAUUUAACUGUAAUUCUAAUGAAUGGUUUCGAAGACAUCUGAAGACACACUUCCCUACUGAAGGAUUUAAGUGCGAGUCCGACGGCUGUGACCAUACGUUUCGUACGGCAAUGCAAUUGAAUAGACAUCGAUUAGAAGCUCACAAACUGCUGGCAAAACAUGGCUUAAAACGCUGUCAAUGGCGCGGAUGUGAGUACGUGGGAAGAGAUAUGAAGUGUCACACGCGGAGACACACCGGCGAGAGACCCUACCGGUGCUUAUGGCCCGCAUGUGGUAAACGCUUCAUCUCUAACACAAACCUCAGAUUACAUAUGAAAAUUCACAACAAUACUAAACCGUUUGCGUGUGAGUGGCCUGAAUGUGGCCAACGGUUUGUCACUAAAGGACAACAUAAUAUUCACAUGAAUAACCACAACAACGUGAGGCCGUACGCGUGCGAUUGGCCAGGGUGCGGCAAACGCUUUUUAGCAAGUUCACCUCUUAAAUAUCACAUGAAUGUUCACAAUAACGUGAAGCCAUACGCGUGUGAUUGGCCCGCAUGUGAGUACCGGACCGCGUAUUACCCGAGUAUUCAUGAACAUAGAAAACAAGUCCACAAAAUGUCUGGACACAAAUGGGUCGACAACGGGACGAUAAAAUACCCGUGCGAUUGGCCUGAAUGUGGGAAACAGUUUACUCAUAAGCAAACACUCCGGUAUCACAUGAAUGUCCACCAAAAUGUUAAGCCCUAUGCGUGCGAUUGGCCCGAAUGUGAGUACAGGUCAGCCCAUCGGUCCUAUCUUUAUACCCAUAUAAAGCAUGUGCACACCGGCGGCGCCCAUAAAAAUAAAAAACUGUUCGCGUGUUUAUGGCCUGAAUGUGGUAAACAAUUUAGUCAUAAACCGACGCUCACUGACCACAUGAAUGUCCACAACAACGUCAAGCCGUAUGCCUGCGAUUGGCCUGAAUCGGUCACGGACCCAGUGCACCGGUUGGUCGGGUGGGGUCAAUGGCGAAGAAUGACCUGA